GGGCGCUGUGCUGGGGAAGAGAGGAGACGAGGCGGGCGGGUUCUGUGCUGCACUGCCUGAAGUGGUCUGGUUGCAGCCGCCUCCCGCGAGGGCAGAGGCGGACGACGAGCCGCUGGGGAUCCCGCCGGCUGCUGCUGUGCCUUGGGCAGGGACCCGCCGCUCUCCUCUGCCCUCGGUCCCGCUAGCUGAGCCGGGGCUGUGCCUUUUUGUUGCGCCCUCCCCUCCUCUCUCCCGUCAGAGUCGCGUGGGCCCGUCUCGGCGUGUCCUAUGGACAGACACAAAGUGAAGCGCCAGAGGCUGGACCGCAUCUGCGAAGGUAUAAGGCCUCCUAUUGGUAAUGGCCCAAUGCCAGCGCGUCCCUUGGUUGCCCUCCUGGAUGGCAGGGAUUGCACUGUAGAGAUGCCUAUUUUGAAGGAUGUUGCCACAGUGGCUUUCUGUGAUGCCCAGUCUACUCAGGAAAUCCAUGAAAAGGUGCUAAAUGAAGCUGUUGGGGCUCUGAUGUACCACACCAUUACCUUGUCGCGCCAGGACCUGGAGAAAUUCAAAGCUCUUCGGGUCAUUGUGCGAAUUGGCAGUGGCUAUGACAAUGUGGAUAUCAAGUCAGCUGCAGAAUUAGGCAUUGCUGUGUGCAACAUCCCUUCCUCUUCUGUGGAAGAAACAGCUGAUUCCACGCUUUGCCACAUCCUGAAUUUGUAUCGGCGGGUUACGUGGCUCCACCAGGCCAUGCGAGAAGGAAACAGAGCCUCAAGUAUGGAACAGAUUAGAGAGGUGGCUGGAGGUGCUGUGCGUAUCCGUGGUGAGACGUUGGGCAUCAUUGGUCUUGGCCGAGUUGGGCAAGCAGUCGCUCUGCGUGCAAAACCCUUUGGCUUCAACGUGAUUUUCUAUGAUCCAUAUCUACCUGAUGGAGUGGAGCGUUCCCUGGGAUUGCAACGCAUGGCCACCCUGCAGGACCUGCUAAUGCACAGUGACUGCAUCACAUUGCACUGCAGCCUCAAUGAGCAUAAUCACCACCUCAUCAAUGACUUCACCAUUAAACAGAUGCGCCAAGGCUGUUUUCUGGUGAAUACAGCUCGUGGGGGACUGGUUGAUGAGAAAGCCUUGGCUCAAGCGCUAAAGGAAGGGAGAAUCAGAGGGGCAGCAUUAGAUGUGCAUGAGUCUGAGCCCUUCAGCUUUGCAAAUGGCCCCCUAAAAGAUGCUCCCAACGUGAUCUGUACUCCUCACACAGCGUGGUACAGUGAACAGGCGUCCAUUGAAUCCCGGGAGGAUGCAGCUAAGGAGAUUCGGAGAGCCAUCACAGGUCACAUACCUGAUGCUCUGAGGAACUGUGUUAAUAAGGAGUACUUGCUUUUAGCAGCUCAGUGGUCCAGUAUUGAUCCUGCAACUGUACAUCCAGAGCUUAAUGGAGCUGCAGCUUACAGAUUUCCUCCAGGAGUAGUGGGAGUAGCAGCCCCGGGGCUGCCAGAGCCUCCAGUAGAGGGGAUUGUAACUCAUGGCAUUCCCUCUGUGUCUCACUCUGCACCCCAUACCCCUUCUCCAGGAGAAUCAAAUAAAUUGGAGCCAGACAGAGAAAUCUCCACUGAUCAGUAGCAUCUCUGCUAUCUCUUUUCAUCCCUCAUAAGAAAGCAGGGUGUUAUCCUGUUUUAGGACCUAUUGUGACACCUCGUGGACUGUUUCCUGUUCAUGCUGGGCAGGAGAAUGCAUUUCAUUGUUGGCAAAUUCUAGCUCUUGCCUUUAAACAGAUAUUUUAUAACAGAUUUAGUUUAAAUCUCUUGGUGAAUCUCUUUCCUUGUCUGGGGCAAAGAAGCAGUGACUUUUCAUCCUUUUGGUAAUGUUUAGUUUUAUCAUGCAAGUUCCCAUGCACCUGCCUCCACUGUGAUAUGCAGAAUAGCACCUGGCUGAAUAUGAGAUCUCCAGUGAUUCCAGAACAGGACUGGUGUGGAUUCUUAAGGUGACUUCUUAAACUGAAGAUCAGCUAAGAACUCAGGUACAAGUGACAAAGAUCAUCAUAGUGGGAAAGAAGAGCUGUGGGUUUACCUGUUGCUUACUAGGAAUAAGGGGACCCUCUUUCUCAGUUUUGGGCACUUACUGCUUUGAUCCUGCCUGUAUACUGUUAACAGCUGUAGUUGGUGGGUGACUUGCUUCUAGGGCACUGAGGGUAAGUAUUUACAAGAGCCAGAGUAAAUUUGAAAUUCUGCCUGGAAUCUGAUUUAUGUUCAAAAUGUGCAGAAAAUUGGUGACAUCGUUUUGACAGUCAAGAUGCUUGUUAAGUCACAAGAAGGAAGGUUUGAUUAAGAUUUGAGCCCAGCUCAGGGAAUGAGAGCUCAACUCCACAUAAGAAAGGAGGCGAUUCAGAACUCUAGGCUUAAGGUUGUGUAAUGCCCAUUCUUGCACACUAGUAAUACAACUUUGCUUAAAAAAAAGUUUAUACUGAAAUUCUAGAUAUUAGGCCCUCUCUGACCUCUUUCCAAUCUACUUUAAAGGCCCAGCUAGAAUUGUUCCCUCUGGCUUUGUCUAGUGUGAAAUGUCCCAGGUGUCUGUGCUGGAUUUUUAUGUUCUUCAACCCUUUUCUCUGAAUCGAGUCCUCCUUGCCAUGUAAAAAAAAAAAAAAAAGAGGGGGAGAAAGCAACAAAAUUCAUUCUCUGAGCUUGCAGAUA